AGAAAGUAUAAAAUAACGGCGGUGGAGUCUCAGACAUUCAGACUAACAUUCAGACUCCGAGGAGAGGACCAGCAUCGCAGAACAGAGACAGCAUCUUCUCUUCUAUUCUCUCUGUAUUCCCAGCUUUUAAACAGGGACACAAACUAAAAACAGCCAAGAUGUCUAAAGCUAAAGGUGUGGCGAUCGGCAUCGACCUGGGCACCACCUACUCCUGUGUGGGGGUCUUCCAGCAUGGAAAAGUAGAAAUCAUCGCCAACGACCAGGGCAACAGGACUACGCCCAGCUAUGUGGCGUUCACCGACACCGAGAGGCUCAUCGGGGACGCGGCCAAGAACCAGGUGGCUUUGAACCCCAGCAACACCGUGUUUGAUGCCAAGAGACUGAUCGGGAGAAAGAUCGAUGAUUCAGUGGUGCAGGCGGACAUGAAGCACUGGCCCUUCAAGGUGGUUGGAGACGGAGGGAAGCCCAAAAUCCAAGUGGAACACAAAGGCGAGGACAAAUCCUUCUACCCCGAGGAGAUUUCCUCCAUGAUCCUGGUGAAGAUGAAGGAGAUCGCCGAGGCCUACCUCGGCCAAAAGGUGUCCAACGCCGUCGUCACGGUCCCGGCAUACUUCAACGACUCCCAGCGACAGGCGACCAAAGAUGCCGGCGUCAUCGCAGGACUGAACGUCCUGAGGAUCAUCAACGAGCCCACAGCGGCCGCCAUCGCGUACGGUCUGGACAGAGGCAAGUCAGGAGAACGCAACGUCCUGAUCUUUGACCUGGGCGGAGGCACCUUCGACGUGUCCAUCCUGACCAUCGAGGACGGCAUCUUUGAGGUCAAAGCCACGGCUGGAGACACUCACCUGGGCGGGGAAGAUUUUGACAACCGCAUGGUCAACCACUUUGUGGAGGAGUUCAAGAGGAAACACAAGAAGGACAUCAGCCAGAACAAGAGAGCCCUGAGGAGGCUGCGCACGGCUUGUGAGAGGGCCAAGAGGACCCUGUCCUCCAGCUCCCAGGCCAGCCUCGAGAUCGAUUCUCUGUUCGAGGGUGUCGACUUCUACACCUCCAUCACCAGGGCUCGAUUCGAGGAGAUGUGCUCCGACCUGUUCAGGGGGACAUUGGAGCCUGUGGAGAAAGCCCUGAGGGACGGCAAAAUGGACAAGGCGCAGAUCCACGAUAUCGUCCUGGUGGGGGGCUCCACUCGGAUCCCCAAAAUCCAGAAACUGCUGCAGGAUUUCUUCAACGGCAGGGAGCUGAACAAGAGCAUCAACCCGGACGAGGCGGUGGCUUACGGCGCUGCCGUCCAGGCCGCCAUUCUCUCAGGCGACACCUCGGGCAACGUUCAGGACCUGCUUCUGCUGGAUGUGGCGCCUCUGUCCCUAGGUCUGGAGACAGCUGGAGGGGUCAUGACGUCCCUGAUUAAACGCAACACCACCAUCCCCACUAAACAGACCCAGACCUUCACCACCUAUUCUGACAACCAGCCCGGGGUCCUCAUCCAGGUCUAUGAAGGGGAGCGCGCCAUGACCAAGGACAACAACCUGCUGGGCAAGUUUGAGCUGGCGGGAAUCCCCCCCGCUCCACGAGGGGUCCCGCAGAUCGAGGUCACCUUCGACGUGGACGCCAACGGCAUUUUGAACGUGUCCGCGGUGGACAAAAGCACCGGCAAAGAGAACAAGAUCACCAUCACCAACGAUAAGGGCCGGCUGAGCAAAGAGGAGAUCGAGAGGAUGGUGCAGGACGCCGACAGAUACAAAGCUGAGGACGACCGUCAGAGGGAGACCAUCUCCGCCAAGAACUCCUUGGAGUCCUACGCCUUCAACGUGAAGAGCAGCGUGCAGGACGACACCCUGAAGGGCAAACUGAGUGAGGAGGAGCAGAAGAAGCUGGUGGAGAAGUGCGACGAGACCAUCAGCUGGCUGGAGAACAACCAGCUGGCCGAGAAAGACGAGUUCCAGCACAAGCAGAAAGAGCUGGAGGCCGUGUGUGCGCCCAUCAUCAGCAAGUUGUACCAGGGAGGAACGUCUGCUGGCAGCUGUGGUCAGCAGGCACGACAGGCCGGCUCCCAGGGGCCCACCAUCGAGGAGGUGGACUAACAUGGCUCAGUACGGACUCUGACAUCACUUGGACUGUUUAUGUUAUUCAUGCACUCUUCAUAUGUUUUUUUUAUCAUCAAAUGUGUUUAUGAUAAAAGCUGUAAAUAUUCUUGAUGUACUUUUCAUCUCUGCCUUGCUGGGCAUUGCAAUAAAGAUGAAACAAAUAUAAUUCCUAUGGUUUGGUUUCAUUUUUCUGAAAGUUUUAAUUAUGCAGAGAGAAACUGUUGUGCAGCAGCUGCAGGGCGACUCUUGAAUCCACCUCUAACUUUUACUAGGAAAAUAAUAAUUCUCCAUACUAAACAAGAGUAUUAUCAUGUGGAAUAUUUGAUUGUCGAACAUCUGUGUU